AUGAAAUCACAACAACAACGAUCUUUACAACAUCUCGAUGACUCGACACUCGGAUUAAUCUUUUCCUAUCUUCCCUUGAAUCAAUUGGUCUUUCUGAGUGAAUCGGGAUUAGACCUUGUAUGUCGGAGGUUUUUCCGAGUGUUGCACAUGGAAGAGGGUGUCUUGUUGAACCUAUGGCGACGAUUGUACAUGAGAGAGUACGAGAAAUCGAGUUUGUGUCCAACAUUUUCGUAUCGGGAACUUGCUCAUUAUGUGUUGAACAACAAUGACGAAAGAAGGAGAGAGGAGGAGCAGCAUGAUGCUCUUUUGGAGCAAAUAGCCACCACCACCACCAGUAAUGAACCAGGGGCUACAGUCAUGAAUAUGAUAGGUACUGAUAAUGAUGAUAAUGACGACGAGAAUAUGGAUAACACCACUCGAACAUUUCGAUCGGAAUCAGAGGAGUGUUCAACAUCUUGUCUCAAUUCUCUUACCCAUAAUUAUGAUGGUCCUCCUUCUCAUCCGAGAGCUCUCUCAAGUCAAGUUUUCCGUUGGCUCCUUGCAAACCUUAUUGGCUCUCGAGAUCGAGUUUCGAUGGGGGGUGUGGAGAUGAGAGAAAACUUCUCACUCGUGACACCUCUCUUGAGUGCUGAAUCUCGUCAUGUUCCCACAUGUUUCUCAGUGUGUAAUGUUUUGAAUCGAUGUGUGGAAUUCAUUGGUAUUGGAACCUUUGAUUAUAAACUUCAAGUCUAUGUGAGAGAUUAUGGAGAAGAGUUUUUGAAAGGUUUUCACCGAAAACGUCGACAAAGUCAAGCAAACAAGAUCUCAAUGUUGAGUGAUCGAUGGAAACACGUCACGACGAGUGAGGGAAAUGAAGAGACCGAAGAGGAUGAAGAGGUGACAAUAUCUGCCUCCUCAUUGAUCAACUCUGAUAGCAAGUAUCGCCUUGUGGAUAAAACCAUUCCGGCACAUUACGAUGAAAUUACUUGCAUUCGAUUUCUGAAUUCUCAAUACUUUUCUCACACUCCUCGCUAUUAUCAUGGUGAGAAUCAAGCAAGUAGUAGUAGUAGUGGCAACAGUAGCAGCAGCAGCGGAAGCAAUACUCACAAAAUUGCAACCACCAAUGGCGGCACAGGUCCCUCCUUACUCAUGAUCACAGGUUCUAAGGACAAGACCAUUAAGGUUUGGAAAAUUGAGUUUUCGCCACCAUCUGCACAAUAUUUGUCGUCAUCAUGGAACACUAGCGAGUCAUCAUCAUCAUCACAUGAGACUGUUUGUUCACCAUCGAUGGAUUUCCACAUUAAAUGCAUUGCAACCCUGUCUUCACACACCGAUUGGAUUCGAGACGUCAUUCCAAUCAGUAAGCAUCCUGAUAAGCUCGUAUCCAUUUCUAGGGACAAGUCCAUUAAAAUUUGGUCUCUUAAUACCAUGCAAUUGAAGCACAGCAUUCAGCCCAACAAUUUGGUCUGGUGUAUGGCAGAUCAUGUGGAUAAGGGGCUCUUAAUCACGGCCUCUACGAGUGGUGAAUUGAUCUUUUAUGAUGUUCAUACGGGUCACAUGGUCCAUCACAUGAAGCCACACAAAGAUCUCAUAACCAAAGUUUUGUACAUUCCAACACUUCCAGCUGUCUCCUCUCACAAUGAUGUGCAGACAUGCCGUAGAGUCACAAAAUUCCAAUCACCACCCUUAAUGAUUACAUGCUCUUACGACAAAUCCAUCUCUGUAAUUAAUGCAAACAAUUUUGAAAGAUUGGUUCACAUUGAUGAAGCACAUUCUACUCCAAUAUUUUCCAUUUCAGUGCAUGGCCAAAGACUCACCUCAAGCUCUGUGGAUGGCUGUGUGAAAAAUUGGAUCCUCUCCAAUUCCUCCUCGUCAAUCACAGGUAAUAUUGUGGAAUUGCAGGCAAGUAUGGAACAAUCUCUCAUUGGUUACAAAUUACCACAAGAACUUGGAGGCAGUAGAGGAACCAAUAUUUUUGACCUGAAUGGCAACGUGAAUCGACAAGUGAAGGUUGUAUCAUCUGUUCGAAGCAAUAGCACCGAAGAUAUCAUCAUCUCGAACAACGAUGCACACAAUUAUUUAUGCGUUUGGACCUCCAAGCAUCACAAGGAUAUGCAACUCAUUCGAUAUCCUUUGCCCGAUGUUGUACUCAAUCCGAAAAAUCAUUAUUCCAUUCAACAAUUAUUGAAAGUAUUGCCAUCCGAGAUUAUUGUCAAGGAUUUCACAAUUUGUGGAAAUCGUAUUAUUUGCUUGCUAGAAUUUGUGCCCACUGAAAGCACCACUUCGAAUCGUUCCAAUGCAGGGAACAACGGAGGUCGUGCGCAUACUCAUCAUACUGCUCAGAGUGUGUUCAUGCAAAAAAGAGGAUGUGUUUGCAUGUGGCAAUUGUAA